UCAUUUGCCUCUACCCAUGUCACCAACCUGUUUUUUAUCCCAGUCUCCACCUGGUUUUGACUAAUCCUUUUUCUGCCUCUACUGUGUUGCUGUGGGCUUCUCUCAGCACCAUGGUCUGGGGGCCUGGCUCUGUCCUUCUCGCUGUGGUCCUCCUGUGUGGACUAUGUGCUUGGCUCCGGCAGAGGUUUCAUCCUUGGAACCUCCAGCACUGCUCCACAGACCUGACAGGGAAGACAGCAGUGGUGACAGGAGCCAACAGUGGCAUCGGGAAGUUGGUGUCCCAGGAGCUGGCUUGUCGCGGGGCCCGUGUGAUCCUUGCCUGCCGGAGCCAGGAGCACGGACAGCAAGCCUUGGCCGAGAUCCAGGCAGUCUCAAACAACGACCGCCUGCUGCUUGGUGAGGUGGACCUCAGCUCUCUGGCCUCCAUCCGCAGCUUUGCCCAGUGGCUUCUGCAGAAGGAGCCCAAGAUACACCUGCUGGUGAACAAUGCUGGAAUCAGUGGAAUUCCCCCCAAGACACUUACCCCUGAGGGUCUGGAUGUUACCUUUGCCACCAACUAUGUUGGGCCAUUUCUGCUCACAAAUCUACUCCAAGGGGCUCUACGUCGGGCAGGGGCAGCCCGGGUGGUGAAUGUGGCUUCCUAUCGGCAAAAAUACGGCUACAUCGAUGAGAAGCAUCUGACAGGGGCUGGGGGACCUUUGUCAUUCAACCAGAACUAUGACUGCAGUAAACUGCAAUUGAUCUCAUUCACUGGGGAGCUUGCCCGGAGACUUCAAGGGACAGGUGUAACCGUGAACUCUGUGGAACCAGGUAUUGUGUACACAAACAUCAUGAGGCAUUUGUCUUGGCCAUAUCGCUUAGUUUUCUGGCUCUUCAGCUUCUUUUUGAAGGAUCCCAGACAAGGUGCGGUCCCAGUCCUCUACCUGAGCUUGGCUCAGGAGCUGGAUGGAGUUUCUGGAAAAUAUUUUAGUAGUUCCUGUGUGAUAACCCUUCCUGCUAAACCAGCUCAGGAUCCUCAUAUGGCCCAAAGCCUGUGGAAUGCCUCAGUCCAACUGACAAACCUAGACAAGAUGGACUGACCCUUGGUGACCCCCACCCUAAUGGGCCACCCUCCUCCCCGACUCCCAGCUCUUACUCUGCUUAUGCCUUUGAUUUGCCAGCUCCAAGGUCACUGCUUUUUUUUUUUUAAUUGAAGUUGUGGGUUUACAGACUAAUCAUACAUAAAAUACAAGAUUCGCAUAUAAGGUUUUUUAUGCAUAAUAAAAUUAUUUUGUUCCUUACGCUCCAAUAUCUGGGUUAGAGGCCCUGCCUUUGUGCUCUUGUGACAUCUUGCAGUUGCCCCUGUGAAGACUAACCAUUCUCACCUUGUAAAGUUCCCAUUUCCUUGUAUAGCAGGGUUGUGUUUUCUUCUAAACACUCCAGCACACGGAAUGCCAUAGUCCUAUAUUUCUCCAAAUCUAGGAUUGACAGACUUAGAAAAAAAUACAAGAAAACCCCAUUAAAUUUGAAUUUCAGAUAAUGAAUACUUUCUUAGUAUAAUGAAUAUGUCUCAAAUAUUGCACUGGCUAAUAUAUCCGAUGUGUUUGACAUGCUUGUAUUAGAAACCAACCCGCUAUCCUGUAUUCUUCUGGCAACCGUAUCGAAAUAAAAACAAAUUUGUUGA